GUUUUGGUGGGCGGGGCCCGUGUGCCAGAGGCCCUAUAAAUGCAGGAGGGGUGCGCGUCACUCGGCAGAGUUGAGGACUAGUUCUGCUGGAUACUUUUGACGGGUUUCAUCGCUCAGGGCCGCAGACGUCAACAUGCAGAUCUUUGUGAAGACCCUGACUGGUAAGACCAUCACCCUUGAGGUCGAGCCCAGUGACACCAUUGAAAAUGUGAAGGCCAAGAUCCAGGACAAGGAAGGCAUUCCCCCAGAUCAGCAGAGGCUGAUCUUUGCUGGCAAGCAGCUGGAAGAUGGACGCACCCUGUCCGACUACAACAUCCAGAAGGAGUCCACCCUGCACCUGGUGCUGCGCCUCAGGGGUGGGAUGCAGAUCUUCGUGAAAACCCUGACUGGCAAGACCAUCACCCUGGAAGUCGAGCCCAGUGACACCAUUGAGAACGUGAAGGCCAAGAUCCAGGACAAGGAAGGAAUCCCUCCUGACCAGCAGAGGCUGAUCUUUGCUGGCAAGCAGCUGGAAGAUGGACGCACCCUGUCCGACUACAACAUCCAGAAGGAGUCCACCCUGCACCUGGUGCUGCGCCUCAGGGGCGGGACCCUUCGUGGGUGGGGGUGUUUUUCUGGCACGAGGCCUGGGGGAGGUCUGGUCACGGUGGGAAGAAGCGUCCCCAGGAUUUUGGGUGGCAAGACCCUGACUGGCAAGACCAUCACUCUGGAGGUGGAACCCAGUGACACCAUCGAGAACGUGAAGGCCAAGAUCCAGGACAAGGAAGGCAUUCCCCCAGAUCAGCAGAGGCUGAUCUUUGCUGGCAAGCAGCUGGAAGAUGGACGCACCCUGUCCGACUACAACAUCCAGAAGGAGUCCACCCUGCACCUGGUGCUGCGCCUCAGGGCCCCCAAUGUGAAGGCCAAGAUCCAGGACAAGGAAGGAAUUCCCCCUGACCAGCAGAGGCUGAUUUUCGCUGGCAAGCAGCUGGAAGAUGGUCGUACCCUGUCAGACUACAACAUCCAGAAGGAGUCAACUCUGCACCUGGUGCUGCGCCUCAGGGGUGGGAUGCAGAUCUUCGUGAAAACCCUGACUGGCAAGACCAUCACCCUGGAAGUCGAGCCCAGUGACACCAUUGAGAACGUGAAGGCCAAGAUCCAGGACAAGGAAGGCAUUCCCCCAGAUCAGCAGAGGCUGAUCUUUGCUGGCAAGCAGCUGGAAGAUGGACGCACCCUGUCCGACUACAACAUCCAGAAGGAGUCCACCCUGCACCUGGUGCUGCGCCUCAGGGGUGGGAUGCAGAUCUUCGUGAAAACCCUGACUGGCAAGACCAUCACCCUGGAAGUCGAGCCCAGUGACACCAUUGAGAACGUGAAGGCCAAGAUCCAGGACAAGGAAGGAAUCCCUCCUGACCAGCAGAGGCUGAUCUUUGCUGGCAAGCAGCUGGAAGAUGGACGCACCCUGUCCGACUACAACAUCCAGAAGGAGUCCACCCUGCACCUGGUGCUGCGCCUCAGGGGCGGCUUUUAAGUUGUUGUGCAUCUUGCUUGACACCAGGGUUGCCAGUGGCACUUGUGUUUGCACUGUAGUUCUUCAAUGUCUUAAAUUAAUCCAA